AUACUUCGGUUAAUACUGAGUACUAAGGAUUCAAGAAGUUUGAACAUCAAAGAGAAGAAAUUAGUUGAUAGAGUCUGCAAAGCACUGGCAGUGUCUUCUUCUGACAUACCAAAGGCUAAUAUUCCAAAUGCCACCAGAGUAUGUGAGGUACUAGCAUCAGAGGUAGCGUCACGAAUCGCUCCCGAUGAUUUCGAACAUCUUACAAUUGCUGAAAUUAAUGAAAGACUGGAUCGUAUGAGUGACAUUUCAGGUUCGAGUGACCUCCAAUACCUUUUCAAAAACUGCUCUCAGGAUGAGCUGUUCUGGUUGUUCAACGUAAUGAUAAAAAAUGUCGAGUCAACGAUCGGCGUGGCCACGAAUGUGAUUUUGUCGUGGUUGGGACCAGAAGCUGUCAAAAGAUGGAAUGCUGCUCGAGAUCUUAGCGAAGUGGCAGCUACUUCAGCUAGUGCGGAAUCUCCAUUAGGAGCAAAUUUCCGUCCGAUGUUGCUAGCUCGGCUACCAAAGGAGGGAUGGUGGGAAGUGAUAAAGGAAAACAGUGGUGAAGAGUUCUUUGUGGAGACGAAAUAUGACGGUGAACAUGUGUUGAUGCACAAAAUUUCCCGUGAUCAAUACAAAUGGUACACGAGAAAUGGCAAGGACUUCACCAAGGACUAUGGUGGCUCGUCAUCGCUUACAGAUUUGGUAUCGGGACGAAUUCAUCCGCUGUUUCGAUCAUCAGUCACCGAUUGUAUUCUGGAUUGCGAAUUAAUGCUGUGGGAUAAAAGGCUGAAAAAACUAUGUCGUCGCCAGUUCAAGUCGCAGAACUCUGAGAACAGGAGCCAUUCAUUCCGUUAUAUUGAUCCAAGUGAUAACGUCCAGUUAGCCGUCGUUGUAUUCGACAUGUUGUAUUUGAAUGGAAAAUCCAUCAUGAAUGCACCACUUCACCAACGUCUACGAGCUUUGGAUGCUGGACUUUUGAAGGACAAUCACGGUCAUAUCGAUACGAUAUCUAUCGCACCAAGAAAGACCGUCAGUACGAAAGAAGAAGUUGAAACGUUAUUUUCCCAAGCGUUAGCAGCCGGAGAGGAGGGUAUUGUGGUGAAGCGAAAAGAUGUAACGUAUCAACCGGGCACGAGGAUGACGAAGAGUGGCUGGUUUAAGCUAAAGGCGUAUCUUGGUGACAACGAACUUGACGUUGCCGUUGUUGCUAUUAUGCCAGAAAAAGGCAAAGACGGUCAAAUUGCUUAUCAACUGGCAGUUCGCGAUGGUAUGACAUUUUUGGUUACAAUAAAAAUGGCCAUCCGAGUGAUCAAAAGCAGCGCUCAGUACGUGGGUCAGAAUAUGCCACCUCAGUUACCAUGUCGAAACCAGGAAGCCCCUCCAGAGUUACGUGGUUGGAAUAUUGAUGGAAAGGGUGGUUUCAUUCGAAAGGAGCAUUGGAUGGUCGUAGAGAUGACGGCUGCUGGUGUUCGUGAUGGCAAAUUCAUCGAUCCGGUGAUGAGGCGAAUUCGUUAUGAUAAAGACAUCGACGAAGUGGACACGAUGACGACAUUCCUGGAUUAUGAGCAGACAUUAUCGAUGAGCAAACUCUCUUCAAAAAGUCCAGCAAAAGAGAAGAAGAAGAAGGUCACGAAAAGGAUGAUGGCUGAAGCGAGUGCUGUUCCGGAGGUUGAAGCGAAGUAUGUACGUACUGAAUCGCCCUUGGUUGGACAUACUGUCUGUGUACUGUAUGGGACCGAUGAACGUCUACGAAAACGACUCAUGGAAAUUCUGAAGAAGUUUGGAGCAAACGUUGUCGCCAAUCCUGUGGAUGGAAUGAGUUUGGUAGUGGCAACAACGGACAAACACCUCAAAACUCGGACUCAAAUCGAAGCCGGUAAAGCGACAGUCGUCCGUGGUAAAUGGGUGCUGAGAUGUGAGGAGCAGGGUGAAGUGGUUCCUUGAUUCCUGAAGUUGCCAGUCCCCGAAUUCGACGUCGUUCGAGGUCGUCGUCGUUGCUUGCGCUCUCAAGAACUCGCAAAUCUUCUUUGGUUGGCCCGCCGUGUGACACAUGGUGCGCUCGACGAGAGAUUUAUGUAUUUGCUUGGUGUGCCCCAAACUCUCGAAGCUCCCCAUCGGCCUGCUCCCAUCAGACAUCCCACAACACCAGGCAUUCCCUCAGGCUCGGCUAUCGAUUUGACGACCUGUCAGUCGUCUGAAAUAUUGUACUUGGGAAGGCUGGCUUUGGUGAACUCGACGAACAUCGCCUCCUCGUUUUGCUUUGGCACUUUACAGUAG